GGUUGGCGAACGCUGGAACGACACGGCCAACCGCUGCGUGCUCUACUCCUGCGGGCUCGUGGGCGGGCGAGCCGCCAUGCAGGAGGCCAUCACCAGCUGCGCGCCGUUCAACUUCGACCACUGCGAGGACUCGGUCGAGGUGGUCUACGACGCUCAGGGCUGCUGCCCCGUGUCGUGCCAGCCCCGGGUGGAGCCCUCGGACUCCCCGCUGUGCCGCACGUUCAAGACGCUGGAGGUCGUCCGCGUGGGGUCCUGCAACAGCUCCGAGCUGGAGCUGGGCCACUGCAGCGGCACCUGCCAAUCCUCGACAACGCUCGAUCAUGCCCAGCGCUCCGUGGUGCGCGCCUGCAGCUGCUGCAGGGAGAGUUUGGUGGAGCAGCGGAGCGCCACUCUGCGCUGUGACGAUGGCACCACAAGGAGCUACGCGUACGCCUUCGUCAGGGCCUGCUCCUGCCUGGCCCUGUGCUGACCGUGGUGACGAUGACGAUUAUGGUGGUGGUGAUGAUGAUGAAAAUGACGGUGACGAUGAUGUUGAAGGGUGGUGGUGGUGACAGUGUUGGUGGUGACGAUGAUGACGAUGAUGAUUACGGUGGUGGUGGUGAUGAUGAUAGUGACGGUGACGAUGAUGUUAAGGGUGGUGGUGAUGAUGAUGACAGUGACGGUGACGAUGAUGUUAAGGGUGGUGGUGAUGAUGUUGAUAGUGACGGUGACGAUGAUAUUGAGGCUGGUGGUGAUGAUGAUGAUAGUGACGGUGAUGGUGAUGAUAAUGACGAUGAUGUUAAGGGUGGUAGUGAUGAUGAUGAUGAUAGUGACGGUGACGAUGAUGUUAAGGGUGGUGGUGAUGAUGUUGAUAGUGACGGUGACGAUGAUAUUGAGGCUGGUGGUGAUGAUGAUGAUAGUGACGGUGAUGAUA